GGGACACACCGCAGGGGUGGGGACGCCAGCGCUUGCAGGAUGCGGCCCCAAGAAAACGCCAGCGCCACCUUGUCAUGGGCUGCGUGUGCGUUUGGAGGUUUGGGGCUUCGGCCCUCGGGCGUGCAAGCAAUCCCCGCUGUCCCACCCGCCAACCAGCAGGGCCAGCGGACAACCCCUCCCGCCAGCAGCGGCGGCAUCGAGCACACGGCAGGUGCGGGGCGGUGCCCAGGUGCGGCCGCAAGCGCAGCCGCCACCACCCCUUGCGCAGCGACUGCUUACCCCAGCUACCCGUGCCACCACCGCAGCAGCUGCCACAGCGCCGACCGCCCUCCCCGUGCGCCCCGAGCGCAGGAAUGGGGGGUUCCCCCGCAGCUGUGCGUGCAG